AUGCAUCAGUCAGUGCGAACACAGACUUCGGCCCAGCCGAGGCGUCCCCGACCUCACCGUCACCGCGCCGUCUCUCCCCUUCACUUCUCCUGUACGUCGGCGGCGCGCCCCACCUGGGCGCCGGCGAAGGGCGGCAACGAGCAGGGUGGCACUCGCAUAUUCGGCCCCUCGCAGAAGUACCCCUCCCGCGACCUCGCCGCGCAUACCUCCCUCAAGCCCAGGAAAGACGGCCAACAGACCCAAGAGGAGUUACAGAAGAGGAACCCCAGGGAGGAACUUGAGGAACGUGAGCGCAAGCACUACUCUUCCAAGGACAAGUCCUAUGCUGAAGAAAGAGACCGUCGGAAAAGUUCAAGUCAGCUACUCUUAGAAGGUUCAAAGAGAGAAGCAGAGGAUAAGAUAGUUCCACGAGAAAUCGAUGCAGAUGACCCUGAUGUGGAGCCUAAAAGUGAUGAUGAAAGCGAUGAUGACGAUGACGAUGAUGACACUGAAGCUCUAAUGGCAGAGCUUGAGAGGAUUAAGAGAGAGCUGAGGAGAAGCUCAGAAAGCCUUCCAGCUGAGGAGCGGCAACAAGCAGAUGAAGAGGCAAAGAUGAAGGAAGCUGAACUGAUGCGGGGGAACCCGUUGAUCAACAUCAACAAUCCUGACUCCUUCAGUGUUAAGAGAAGGUGGGAUGACGAUGUGGUAUUCAAGAACCAGGCACGAGGAGAGACCAAGACACCAAAACGGUUCAUCAAUGACACCAUCAGGAGUGAUUUCCACCGCAAGUUUCUGCAGAGGUACAUGAAGUGA